CUUAACCAGCGCUGGUCAAGCACACCACGCUCGUUGAGUUAUGACAGGGUGAACUCCACGGGUGAACUCACGACGUCACGAUUGGCGCUCACAGCAUGAAGUCGCAAAUUGUGUACACUGGAACAGAAAGGCUCUCAGGUGUCCCGAAGCCGUAUUAUAUCGCCGGCAGCCCAACACGCCAAGGCUGCAUGAUUGUCGCCCGCUCGCGCACACGCGCUGCGCUCAACAACGCGCACUACAAGCAGCUUCUGCCAUUUACAGCAACCUUACGAGGUGGUGCAGCGCUGCCGGGGCCACAAGCGGCACUAACGCUCGCUCACCGCAGAAGCAGUACUCUUGCCAGCAGCAUUGCCCUGCAAGCGCGAUCAACGCGCGCCCUCAGGCCAGCAGUUUCGCAGACAGCAGUCAUGGGCGCCACGGCUGAGGAGGUUGCACCCCUGGAUGUGGCGGUGGUGGGGGGCGGCCCGGCGGGGCUGGCCGCGGCGGUGGCGCUCCUCCGCACCUGCCCGCCGGGCACUCGACUGCAGGUGUUUGAGGCGGGCGCCGCCUUCACGUCCAGCCAGGGCGCGGCUGUGGGGCUGUUCCUCAACGGCGUCAGGGCACUGGGGGCGCUGGAGCCCACCCUGCCGCACAGGCUCAUCGAUGAGGCAGUGCUGUUCUCCCACUGGCGCGACUACGACGACGUCAGCGGCGAGCUGCUGCCGGGCAGCAUGCCGCUGGACCGCGCGGGCGGGCUGCGAGCGGCCGGCUACACGCCCUGCCACGUGCAGUGGAGCACGCUGCGGGCGGCGCUGUACGAGCUGCUACCGCCGGGCUCGGUGCAGUUCGGCUGCAAGGUGACCAGCUGUGAUGAGGUCACCCAGGGCGGCAACGGCGAUGUCGAUAACAGCGGCGACGGCUACUAUGAGCUGCGGAUGAUGCGGCGGCGUGGCGGAGAGGCCGGCGCGGAGGGCGGCGGCUCAGAGCAGGGGCUGGGGGAGGAGGAGCAGGAGGAGGAGGUGGUGGUGCGUGCGCGGCACGUGGUCGCGGCCGACGGCUACUUCAGCCGCGUGCGCCGGACGGGCGGCGACGGCGGCAAGCCCACCUUCCGCGGUAAGGUGCGCUGGUUCGGCAGCCUCACCACCGCUGAGUUGAUGGAGGCGGUGCAGGCGGCUGCUGGUGCUGCUGCUGGUGCUGCUGCUGCUGCUGCUGGGAAGGAGGAGGAGGAGGGGAAGGCGGGUGCUGGCGGCCAGGAGGGGCCGAGGGUUCAGGCGGCGCUGCGGCUGCCCGAGUGUCUGGACACGGCACUGCACCCGGACGGCAUGCGCUCGGUGCACCGCUGGAUGCCGGGCGGGCCCAACCGCGUGCUGGAUGUGCAGGCCGCGCCUCGGGGCUUUGUGUUUUACCCCAUCUCGCUGCCCACUGCCGGCCCGGGCGGCUCCCGGCUGGUGUGGAGCAUGUACGCCGAUAUGCCGGUGCUGCAGGCGGCGGGAGUGGACUUCCCGCCGCCGCCGCCGCCACAGCCGGCGGGGGUUAACAGCAGCGGCGGCGCGGUGGCGGCUGCGCCGUCGGCGGAUGCGCCGGCGGCGGACGACGCGCACGGCGCACAUGUGGGCGGCUCGCGUGCUCGCGGCGUGGCUGCGCUGCAGCGGGCGCUGGCGGUGGCGGCGGGCUACGGCCUGCCAGCGGACGUGCGCUCCAUCGCUGCCGCCACCCCGCCGGAGCGCGUGUCGGAGUUCGGCAUGUACCAGCACACGCCGGAGAUGGCGACGCCGGGCGCCUGGGCGCGGGGCCGGCUGGUGCAUGUGGGCGACGCCGCACACGCGGGGCCGCCCGACGGCACCGGUGCCAACUUCGCGCUGGAGGACGCGGCGGUGCUGGGCGCGUGCGUGCGGAAGCACGGCCUUGGGCCCGAGGCAUUCGCUGCCUGGGAGGCCGCCCGCCUGCCGCGCCUGUACGACCACCUGUACAACAAGGCCAUCCCGCCGGCGGAGAAGUGGGGCCGCAUGGCGGGCGCGGAAUUUGAGCCGCUGUGGCGCCCCGAGCAGGUGCUUGAGGCAGCGGCGGCGGCGACCCAGGAGGGCUCAUCAUCGGCCCGGCCUUACCUGAAGCCGCCGCCGCAGGUGGCGGAGGCGGCGGCCCGGGCUGUGGCGGCGGGCGAUGACGCCGCCGCAACGCAGGUCAUCCGCGCCUGGGCCUGGUCGGCGCUGCGCGAGGCGGUGGUGCUCAAGGCCGUGGACGCGGGUGUGAUCGCCUCGCCCGCAGACGCGGACCCGGCGCCGCCCGCCGCCGCGGACCCGCAGCAGCAGCAGGCGCCGCAGGCACCUGCUGUGGCGGCGGCGGCCGUGGGUGCGGCCAAGUCCUCGGCCACCUCGUCCUAGGCUGCUGUACACGUGAGACGGCUCGCUUAAGGGUGUGCCGUGAGCUUUCAGCAGGUGUGGGCGUUUUCAGUGUGUUCCUUCGCAAACUGAUUGGCCGGGUCGAUCUACUGCAGCACCCAGCAGAGCACAUCAUUCGCGAGGCACUCGGCCGUGGACCUGCUGGGUGGGUGACGGCUGCUACCGUGUGUUUUCAUGUGUUUGUGUCUGUUUUGCGGUUCGGGAGAGGUUUUACUAGCUCGGCAUUCUUUAGGGCACCAUGAGUGAAAGCAAGGAGAGAGCGUGCGGAAGUGUUCAGUGCGAGACGCUCGGAGAUACAUGUGUUGAGGGAGCGAGGGCGCACGACUACAUGUCCUACAUCCUGAAGAUGCAUGAACUUACUGGCUCGU